GAGACGGUCUAAGCGUAUAGGACGACGGCGAUGGCGAGCAGCUAUCUCCGUUCGGUUCCCCUUCCGCUGCACACAGAAAAGUCACGAGCUUAGAAUUUUUUCCCCCAAGUGGCUGGCGGCUAGCCAAGCGCCCGAGUCAUGGCGACGAGCGUGCCAGAGGGAUUGCUCGGCGAGCCUUCUUCACCGUGGAAGGUGCAGCAACUGCUGCCGCUGUGCGCGGUCCUUGCCGUCGUCGUCGCGUGGUGUGCCGCGCGCGCGGCGGAGUGGGCGUGGCUGAAGCCGCGGCGCCUGGAACGGGCGCUGCGGGCGCAGGGUAUCCGUGGCACGGCGUACCGCCCGCUGGCCGGCGACGCGCCGCUGUCCGAUCGACUCGCCCGCGAGGCCAGGUCCAGGCCGCCCCUACCGCCGGGCUGCCACGCCAUCGUGCCCAGAGCCAUGCCGCUCGUCCACCACGCCAUGAACGAGCACGGUCAAAUAAGCGGGCGUCUAUCACGAAGUAUCGGUCAUUGAGGGAGACUCGCAAGACCUCGCAAGUAGACGUGCGUCGAACCUAUGGCGCCAGACCCAGAGGCGUCCCGCUGAGCGUCAUCGUCGUUGUCCUGCUACGCCACAUCGACAGCGGCUUGUUGCUCCACCUGCUGUUAUACGGUGUCGUCCUGCUGCACCUCCUCCUCCGUCCUACGGGUGCUCCUCCUCCCCCUCCUCGUCCGAUCGCCCACCAUCUUUGUGUAACCACCUGCAAUUAAGAGUAAGCAAAUAAGCCUAGAUAAAAAAUAUGUAUUUAGAAACAUAUGUGAAAUAAAUAAAAUAUAGCAUUGCAUCGAUUAAAAUAA